AAUCCAACAUCAGCCACUCACGUCUCAAAGCUUCUCUUGUUUAACAAAGUCCUACAAUCAAUUACUUGCUACUUCUCCGAGAAAAAACAUUUGAUACAAAUUAUGGGUGUCCGCUUGCUCAAAAUUGUUCAUGCUAAGAAGCUCCUCCAGGUUUUCUCAAUUCCAGUGGCAAAGGGUGUACCAAAAGGCCACUUGGCUGUUUAUGUUGGAGAAACUGAGAAGAAGAGAUUUGUAGUCCCGGUUUCAUACUUGAAGCAUCCUUCAUUCCAAAACUUGCUAAGCCAGGCUGAAGAAGAGUUUGGAUUUGAUCAUCCAAUGGGCGGUCUCACCAUCCCAUGCAGAGAAGAAACCUUCAUCCAUCUCACUUGCAAUUUGAAUUGCUCUUAAGCAUGGAGAUAAGGGAAUGGCUAGCCACUAGGGACAGAUAUUCUAACACCAUUGACCAAAAGAAACCAAUUGCUCCAAUUUUGAAAUAGAAGAAUUGGUUCUUUCUUGUAAAUUUGAUGUAACCUUUGAUUUCUAUGAAGUAAACUGAGUUGAAUUUCUUCGCAUCAAUUGAGUUGCUUAUUUUUUUUUUUGUUAGCCAAAUAACAUUUAAUACAAAUGCUGCUAA